UGACUUAAAUGGAGAAAAUGCACACGUAAAAUUAACCUAUUCAACCAACAAACAAAUAAAAGAAACAAACUAUCAAAAUUUCAAAAAUUCUUUGACUCUACUAAAAUUGUUAAUUUGAAAAACACGACCUUAUUAAUUAUACACCAGAGUAUACCGGGUGAACAAUACUCUCACACUCCAUUUCGACUAGUACGGAGUACAUCUGUACAUGGCAUGUGGCUUAAGAAUGUAUCCACAUCAGCACCAAAAAGGUAGUAAAUCAGAUAUUUAAUGCAAGAUAUACUUUUUAUUAUUUUUUCUUGUUUUUUUCGGGUACCCCCAAAUUUCUCUUUAUAUCAUCCCAUCCCCCCCAUCUUCUCUUCUUCUACUUCCUUCCUCCCUCCCCUUUUCCACAAACCCAUCCUUCUGUAUAAUUCUCUCAACCAUUUUUGUCCCUUUUUUUUCACUAAAAGAAAUUAAUUAAAUUGUUUAUCUCGUUCAGAAAAAGAAAAAGAAAAAGAAAAAGAAAUGGGAACAUCAUCAAAAGGAGUAGGAGUAGGAGUAGUAGUAGUAGUUGGAGAAGAAGAGAAAAUGCAGAGUGUAACAACAAAAACUGAACAAAUAAAAAAUCCAUGUGAUUUCUGCAACCAACAAACGGCUGUUAUCUACUGCCGAGCUGACACCGCUAAGCUUUGCUUGUUAUGCGAUCAGCACGUCCACUCUGCCAAUUCCCUCUCCAGAAAACACGUCCGUAAUCUCCUCUGCGACGGUUGCGGAACCCAACCCGCCACCGUCAAAUGCUUUACUCACAACCUCCUUUUCUGCCACGACUGCGACUUUGAUCUCCACCUAAACGACUCCUACCCUCACGAUCGAUCCGUUGAGGGCCUCUUCAGCUGCCCCACCGCCUCUUACCUAACCACCGCCAUCGGCCUCGAUCCCGCCACCAAGAAACCCACAAAACCCGCCGUUGAUGAUGAUUCACUCCUAAUCAUCGACGGUGACGGUGCUCACGAUCCUUGGGCGGAUUUGCUGGUACCAGCUCAUCAUAAUGUCAAUGUGGGACCCACUUUCCCAUGGGGAUUUGAUGAUAACGCGAAUGAUGAUCCUGGGGUGGUUAAUGGGUUAAUUAAGAACUGUUUUAAUGGGAAAAAACAGGAGGCGGCGAUGAAGCAAUAUUUGCACCUUCAAAAGAAGCGCAAGGAUUCUGAUCAAGAGACUGGUGAUAUUACUAAUAAUCCUCUGCUUGUUGUUCCUGCUGUUGCUAAUGACGAUUUUAUUUUAGGAUUAGAGAACAAUAAUAAUAAUAAUAAUAAUAAUAAUAAUACCACCUCUAAUUACGAUAUUAAUCAAAAUCAAUCAAUCUUGUUUCAACAACAACAACAACAGCAACAAGAUGAAGCGAAUUUCACAUCUUUCAUGGGGUUGACAACAAAUAAUACUAUAAAUAGUAAUAAUGCUAUUAAUGUGGAUGGUCCUGCUGCUGGAAAUGUCAUGUGGGAAUCUAGUCCCACCAAUCCUCCUAUACAGAUAUGGGAUUUCAACUCAGGGAGAAUGAGGGAUCAUGAGGAAGGCGGAAGGUUAAAUAUUGGGUACCGUGAAAGUGAAGUUGGUUUUAUGAUCAACACUAACAGCUACAACAACUCACUUGUACCAGAAACUGGUUUGCCAACCUCAAAUCUCUAUGACAUCAAUUGCUCGGAUGAUAUCCGAAUGUUUAAUAGUAAGAUGCAAAAUUCAGCAGUGAGUCAGGGUCCAGCAACACCGGAGAACAACAAUGUGGCUAUAAUAAGGCCAUCAUCGGGUUCAGUUUUUGGUAAAAAUAAAAGCAUAGAUAUUCAUUUUAUGGAUCAAACUGUUUUCCUUGGAGGUGAGAAUGGAGUAAGAACAGAGGCCGACAUGGAAAUGCUUGCACAAAAUAGAGGCAAUGCCAUGCAACGUUACAAGGAGAAGAAGAAGACAAGAAGAUAUGAGAAGCAUAUACGUUAUGAGUCGAGGAAGGCAAGGGCUGAUACACGUAAGAGAGUCAAAGGACGAUUUGUCAAGAUCAAUGGUGCUUCAUCUGAUCAAUGGUCUCCUACUGAUACUGUGUAAAUAUUUUCAAGAUCGACUUGUUUUUCUUCUUUUUCCGAACAAGUUUUGUCUACUUCAUCAUUCUUUUAUCCAAAUCCAAUACAGAAUGGUGACGUUUCACACGCCAUUUUUAGUUCUUGUAACUCUUAUACCCAGCCAUGUAUUAGCUAGCUAGCUGUAAAAAUAAUCAUAGAAAAUAAGGUAAGGAAUUCACUGCUAAUUUAAGAGCAGUAGAAUUUGAAUAAA